AACUCAGCAAUCCUUGAUGCCAGCCGACUGUCAGGUGUCGGCUAGUAACCAAAGUGCCAAACUCACCUGCCCUGCUGAUAGUUGGUUUCAGUUCAGUAUAUCAGCGUUAGGACGAGUGAAGGGAGUGAAUCAAAUUUGAAUGGAUUUAAGUUUACGUGGGUCACAAAUUAACUUGGCAUCUCGCCACAAGCCCAAAACAACAUCCACUAAAUACUCUACACCCCAAAGACCUUGUUCAGCCAACGUCUUGCGACAUGACCGGGCAGCAACCCUUCUCAGAAGGCCCAUGUCUGCCGAUGAGAAACUAGCACGAAGUUUAAAGAAUUGUGUCAAGUUUUCAGAGCAAGUUAUGAGUGAAGACCAAUUAUGGAAAAAUAGAAAGUUCGUUUCCGAAUCAUCGUCAAAUAUAUUCAAACUUUUGCUGGAUGAACCUAUCACGCGCUCCUAUUGUCCAAAGGAUUCAGAAAGUUUAUCUGAUAGCAGUCUCGGUCGGAAAAUAUCCGAUAUUGCUUCGAAACAAGAACAAAUAAAGGAAACUGAAACUUCCGAAAGUGAUAGUAAUAUGGAAAAAGGUCAAACUGGAAGUCAGGACCUUGAAAAUAAUCAGAACAAUAGCGGCUGUAAGUUAAGACCACAUCAAAUUGACACGCAAUUCAAUCCCCAAUCUACUUUAAACAAUGGUUCACCCUACUCUACGAAAGGUGUAUUACCCAAGCUCUCAAACAUUCACACUAAAGGCGGUGACUUUUGGCAUGAUUCAAAACCAGAUCUUCCUGGAAGGGUAUCGUUUGGUAAAGCAGAUACUGCUGAACUAAAUCUUACGGAUGAUUUCAUUCCCUCACCAUGUGAUAUUUCAACUAGUACAAAGAAAUGUGUUCACUUUGAAGAAUUGGAAGAAAACUUUGAUGUAAAUGAAUCACAUAACGAAAGUAGCACCAGCACAUGUGAUACUAACGAAACAUAUAGUGUUCACCACGGUACGAAUACAAAUAAAUGCCAUUGUUCUUUCACAUGUAAACCAACGAGCGAUAUUGAAUUUUCCGAUAGCAGUCCCAAUUUAAAUGGCAAGCAGGAAUCAGUAACUUCAGUGCUGGAACCAAAUCUCAUCAUAGAAGAGUAUAAAAAGGAAAUUGAAGACCAAGAGAAGAAAUCCCAUCUUGAACUCAAAAUGAUGGAGAAAAGUUCAGAUUCGAAUUCGAGUCCGGGCUCUUCUACAGAUCGUGUCAUCUCCAACUACCAAAAGCUGGCCAAUCAAAUCUUCGAGGAUAUUCAGUCCGACCUGAUGUUAUCAACAGAAAAGUCAUUGGAUACCGCAGCAAAUGAACCAAACGACACAACCCUGCAUUGGAAAUCCAAAAAUAAUUUCAUUGAGGAUAUACCGGAAGAAAAAUCAGAUAACUCAACGGAUUCCUCCAAGAAUCAGUUCGAAAGUUUGCGAGAUUUCCAAAAGAGCUCCUCCACAGUAAUUAAAAACUAUCUGCGUACAACUGAAAUCAAAUCGGCUCCUUCCAGUCAUCGUAAAGUCAAAGAAAACAAUAUCGGAGCCAAUAAAACUGAAAUCAAAUCCGAAAGGAAUCGUCGAACCAAAUCAGCGAACAACAGCUCCGUAGGAGGACUGAAAAAAAUGACUGGAAUGAAGAAAGUACCAACAUACUCAUGUCUGCGUCAGGACUCGAAUUUAGAUGAAUUUCAAAUUGAAAAAGUCGACAGUUGGAUGUCCCUUCACGAUAGCAACGCUGCAUGCAGGGACUCACCUGAAAUGGAGUGUUCGAAUAGGAGAAAUCCGAAAAUGAAAACGAAAAGCAUUCUCAAGCACAAGGAUAAUGUAGAAUCGCCGAUAAAAUCAUCUGAGGAUAGUUCACCAGAUGACUCCACUUACGAGGAAAUCGUGUCGGUUAUCAAAGAAAUUGAAGAAGAUAAGAAAAAAGAAACGACCGCUUCAAGGACUGAUGAGCAUUUAAGGCUUCAAUCGACAUUUCGUAGUACGGAAUCGGAAUGUAUGGCGACCCCGAAAACGACAGAACGGGAUUAUUCGCCGGACAAAUAUAGGGAUAUCCUGCAGUAUUUGGAUAAUGUUGAAAGUAGCUGCGAUAAGACUAUUCUGGAGACGAGAAGAUCAAUUCCAGAGUCAAGUAGGAGUGAAAUUGAGUUUGCUAUUGAGCCUGAUAUCGCGGAGGAUGUACCAAAAAUUGCUGACUUACUCAUGCUACCCAACCAUCAACUAGCCCGCAGGAUAGUGGCACUUAGUCUUCGAGCGAACGAACUAGCAAAUGCAAUUCAAUUAUCGAAACAGCAUGUGUCCCAUAUCCGUCUUGAACGACAGAAAGCUCUUCGUCAGGAAAAAUUGAAUUCAUCGAAUCGUUCAAAGGAGCAGAAGAAAUACUACGAGAGCAUUGUCGCACGGCAUCAAGGAUUCAUAGAGCAGCUGUUGAAGGACAAAGCAUCCUUGUGUGAAAAGGUUGCAACUCUAACGAGACGAAUCGAGAGCCAAAACCAAGCAUGGGAGCAUAGGUUGGAGACAGAAUUGACUCGUGCUAAGGAAACAGCUAUUGCUGGUGAAAAGAUACGUAGAGAGAAAUGGAUACGGGAUAACACGAAGAAAAUUAAGGAACUUACUGUCAAAGGACUCGAACUAGAAAUCAAUCGUAUGACCUGUGAACAUCAAAAGGAAGUCACUGAGCUCAAGCGAAAACAUCAGCAAGAGCUCUUGGAUGUUGUUGCUGAGGAAAGACAAAAACAUGAACAACUGGAAAAGUCUAUUCGGGACUCGUGUGCCCAGGAUCGUGAAACAAGCAUUUCAAAAGAACGGGAUGCAAUUAGAGAACGAUUUGAGAAGCAACUACGCGAAGAACGGCAGUCAUUUGAUGAGCAAAAAGCGAAACUUUUGGAAGAGUUUGCAGCCGAACGCGAAAGAAUGUGUCUGGAGCUCAAGCAAAAAGACGUGGAUUACGAGAGUAAAAAACAGGACAUACUUAAGGAAAAAGAACUGGCUGUUGAGCAAGUUUACAAUGAGUUUAAAGAGAAAUCUCAGAAACAAGAACAGAAGUACCAAACCAGAAUCAACACUAUUGAGAAGCAAUUCGAAUCGGAUUUUCUGAUAUGGAAAAGGGAAUUCGAAAAUGCUUGUAAGCUUCGUGAGGUGGAAAAUGAGAACGCUGUACGGCAACAUUAUCGAUCCGAAAGGGAUCGACAGAUUGAUGCUAUUGUUGCGAAAAUGGAUACCGAGACGCAAAGGUGUCAGGAAGAAUAUGAAAUGAAAUUGAGUCGUAUCAAAGAAAAACACGAAGCAGAAUUGCAUCAAAUUGAAAUAGCUGAAAAACAACUGAAAGACAAAUACAACGAAGGUCGAAAUAAACUAGCCGAGUCUGAGGCUCGAGUUCAGAAUUAUCAAGCUGAAGUCAAGCAGCUAAAUAUGGAGUUGAGUCAUAGCAAAAAGAUGUGUGAUAAACUCCUGGAAGACAAGGAAGUGAUGAAAGAAAACGCACGACGGGAAGUACAACAAGAGAUUGCAUUAAUUCAAGCAGAACGCGACAGUGAAAUAGAGAAGAUUUAUCAGCGAGUGCAACAGGCAAUCGAGAAAAAAGAUACAGCGAUGGAAUUAUUGCAGAAAGAAAAUACUACCCUACGUGAAAGAUGUAUCAAGCUGGAAGCAAUUAUAAGACAACAAAGAAAAGAUUAUUGCAUCAAAUAAUUUAAAACAAUUCUUUUUAAAUAUUUGAUAAUAAUAAAACUGCCAUAAUAAGGUGCACGGGCAA